AUGGUUGAGUUCGAUGAAUUUGGCAAUGAAUUAGAACCUCAGGUUCUAUCUAAAGAGGAGAAUGACUUUCUGCAAGAUGAAUGUGUGACUAGUCUCAAGCAAAAAUUAUUAGAUAUCAAAGAAUCUAAAAAGAUCAAACCCAAUAAUCACCCUAUGAACCUAAAAUUAGUGAGAAGCAAACUGGCCCCAAUCGUACACAUUCAGAACAUGAAAAUGGAACAUUUGAAGAGACAAAUAAAUGAAAAUAACAGUUUAGUAGAAAUGAUUAGAAGAACAGUUAAAAAACAAAACAGUUUUGAAGUUGAUGAGGAUGGCUGGUAUCUACAAGAUAAUGCCGACGAACUAAUUGAGGAUUUACAAGACUUGAAAGAUGAGGGCGUAUUAAAUCCGAAACUUUCAGGGAACGUGUUAAAAAUCCGAAUUCGAAUGCCGAAAGUCCGACUGCGAGUAGUGUCGAUACAUUCCCAUUCUAUAAAGGCCGAUCUAACGAACGAAAUAGGCAGAAAUAUAUUUCUGUUACGGUCGCAAAGAUCACCAAAAAAUCGACACAGUAGUCGUACGAGUAGCAAUAGUAGCAUCGCUACUCUCGUGGGAUCGCCUAAAAGUAAAACAUCGUCAGUAUUGAUGUCACACAGAAAAGUCACAACUACUGACGCACCAAAAACAUCGUCCAUAUUACUAUCCAAUGGAGAAGUUACUAACACUGGCGCUGUACCCAGAAGUAACUCAUCAUCGGUAUUUAUAACCGACAGAAAGAUAGCUUCGACUCUUACUGAUACUGUACCUAAAAGUAACACAACAUCGGUAUCAAUAACCGAUAGAAAAGUUACGAAUACUAGCAGAACCGCACUUAAGACAUCGUCGGUAUUGUUAACCGACAGACGAGAAACUACUGCUUUUACAGUUGAUGCAGAGAUGGAUGUGCAUGAUCGAGAUUCGGAUACCGAUCUUGAAAGUGCAUCCCAAGUUUCAGGACCGGUAAUUAUGAAUAAUUAUUAUAAAAGUCAAUAA